AUGUCUACAACAAGCACCUCUAGUAGUGUAUCAGAAGAUCCUUUAAUUCGGUUCGCUCCUGUCUUGGCUGCGGUCAGCCACAGUUCGCUGACUGCGCUCGCACAACGUAUUCGGCGGCAGUUGGAGCAGAGUCAAAAGAGUUCCAGCAAUCAGACAGACCAUCAGGAGAACGAAGCCGAUAUUCUUCAUUACGGCUGUACUGUACUCCCAACGGCAAUCUAUGGCUCCUACAACGUCCUCAAGAUUAUUGAAUUUUCCGAUGGUCUGCGAUGGAUUGUGCGAAUCCUUUCUACUGGUCUAAAAGGACAGUACACGGCAGAGAGUUCAACUUCCUUGAAAUCCGAUGCGUUGACGAUGCGCUUUAUCAAGGCAAACACCACCAUGCCUGUACCAGAGAUUUACGAUUUCAGUGCAACUACAGAGAAUGAUGUUGGAGCACCAUACAUUCUCAUGAGUUUCUUGGACGGGGUUCCAGUUUACGAGGUAUGGUUUGAUGAGUCUGGAGAAGUCCCAAAGGAAAUUCGCAGGGAACAAAUCUUGGAUACUAUUGCAGAAGCUAUGUCGCAGUUGAAGAAAUUUCACUUCGAUCAAAUCGGCUCAUUGCAAUUCGAUACCAACUUGAACCCCACUCGAAUUGGAAAAUGCAAUCUGGUGGAUGAAUAUGGUGUUCUCGAUAACCUAAACAACGAAACUGAUGAAGGCCCAAAGUUUUUACAAAUCGGCCCCUUCAGCUCAUCAUACGACUAUUUCGGCGCACUAUUUGACACACAGAGACUUCCAAAGGAUUCAUUCACAAUUGGCAUCCAUAAGCUUCUACGAAUGAUGAUCCAAUGUAUUCCACCUUCGGUCCCAUCGAAAGAGUCUGCGGAUGUCCACCCACUUCUCGAAACUUUCGUGCUUGCUCAUCCCGACGCUGGUAGUCAGAACUUCCUUGUGUCUAAAGAUGGGGUACUGACGGGUAUCAUCGAUUGGGAUGGUGUGCAUACAGAGCCACAUUGCAUUGGAUAUCAGAGGUAUCCUAGUUGGAUCACAAGAGACUGGGACCCCGCUAUGUACGGAUAUCUUCAAUCGGGUUGCCAACCGAAAGACUCUCCUGAAGCCCUGGAAGGUUAUCGCCAGCGAUACUCAAAGAUCAUGCAACUAUUCGUACCAGAGUACAUCGACUACAUAUCCAAAUCCCACAUAUUUGAAGCACUACAGAUUGCAUUAUCAAGUCCAGUAUGUAGGGAUAAUAUUGUUGUGAAAUUCUUUUGUCAACUCUUUCCAAAAGAGGAUCAAGAGGAAGCAGAACAUCCAAUGUAUUUAUAUGAAACUGCUGUUGGUAUAGCGGAAGAUCGAUUGGAUGAAUCGGCGAAGGCAAGAAUAAUAGAUGCUAUCGUCCAUUUUUUCAAGUUAUAG